AUGUCUAUUUCCACUAAAGACAAUCGUGAUAAUAUUAUUAAAGAUUUACAAAUGGAGAUUUUGCCUUUACGUUUACAACUUGAACCACCUUCAUUGGAAGCUUACAAGUCUGACGAUGAAGCAAUAACACUAUAUACAGGAUUCACUCCGUAUGGUUUGGUGGCUGCAGCAGUAAUGGAACCUAUGAAUGGCAUCACUGACGGUGAAAAUAUUUUUCGAGAUAAUACAUUACGAGCACGCAAAUUAAAUGAAUCAAAGCAAUUUCUUUUGGUGAUGAAGAAACUAAAACUUGAUGUUCCAUUCCUUGAUCUAACAAAACAUUUAGUAAACGAUAAAGAAAAAUUUCAUGCGUCGUUUACCGAUAUUAGAAAUCCGGUUAUGAUUAUCGAUGCCUAUCCUAUUUAUAUACAAAAACCAGGUUUAUAUCCUAAUUAUUUUAUUGGUUCAAUAUCAGACAAAGAAUUAACAUUAAGAUCUGGUAUAGAUAUAUCACCUUGUAGUUGGGAUCAAUUCAGUCGUGGUUGGGACCAAUCUAGUCGUGGUUGGGUCGAUAUCGGUCGUGGUUGGGACCAAACUAGCCGUGGUUGGGACCAAUCUAGUCGUGGUUGGGACGAUAGGAGUCGUGGUUAG